AUGAUAAGGUGCCACUGUAGCAAAAAUGAACUUGAAGAAGCAAAAAGAGUGCUUUUUACUGUUCUUGAAAAUGGGUUUGAACCGGAUUCUGCAACUAUAACCGUUUUGAUAAAUUCCCUUUGUAAAAGAGGGAAAGUGAAGAAAGCUAUGGAGGUUUUUGAGUUUUUGGAGAGAAAGGGUUUGAAGCUUGGUGUACAAGCAUAUAAUUGUUUGUUGAGAGGGUUGGCUUAUGUGGGUAGGGUUGAUGAAGCAGUUGAGAUUUUGAUGGAUAUGAAGACAGGAAAUAUAGGUGUUGAUGUUUAUUCUUAUAGUGCUGUUAUGAAUGGAUUAUGUAAAGUGGGUCGUUCGGACGAAGCGAUGGAGUUGUUUGAUGAAGCUGUUGGAGUUGGAUUGAGGCCUGAUGUGGUUACAUUUAAUGCAUUGAUUGAAGGGUAUAGUAGGGAAGGGAGAGAAAUGGAGGGUGUUGGUGUUUUGAAGAUGAUGAAAGAGCAUGGUUGUGUUGCUGAUUUGAUUAAUUAUAAGACUGUUUUACAUGGGUUGUUAAAGUGGAAUGAAACUGUGGAAGCAUUUGGGGUUUAUAAAGAAAUGGUAAGGAUUGGAUUUGAAGUCGAUUCGAGGAUGAUGGGGACUUUGGUGAGGCGUUUGUGUAAGUUGUCAUGGAGGGAAAAAGGGUUGCUUGAGGAUGCUUGUGAAGUGUUUGAGAAAAUGAAAGAAAGGGGUUUGGUGGUUGAUAAGAGGACUGUUGAGGUGAUGGUUGAGGCAUUGUUUAGGGGGGAGAAGUUUGAUGAGGCUUUGGUGAAUUUAAAUGAUAUGGUUAGGUGGGGUUAUUCUCUUGAGGGAAUUGCAUUUGAGGAAGUGAUUGAAGGACUUUGUGGUCAGGGUAGAGUGGAUGAGGCAGUGUCAACUUUGCUUCUUUUGCAAGCAAAUGGAGGAUUUCUUGAUAGAGUUUCUUUUGGUGUAUUGGUUAAUGAGCUUAAUGCACAUGGGAGAGUGUUUUGUGCUUCUUUUUUGUUUGGUGUUGCACUAAAGCACGGCGUUGUACUUGUUCUCAAUAAGGAAUUGCAAGCUGACAGAAAGGAGUUAGCCAACAUUUGGAUACCCGGUGAGUGA